AUGGAGCAUCAUCGUGGGGGAGGCCGUCAGUCUUACAUCUUUGGGUGGAGUGUUCACAAUACUAGGAUUGAGAGGAUAUGGCAUGACUGGACAACACAGGCUGGGUCUUGGUGGGCUGAAUUAUUUUCAAUUUUAGAAGAGCGUGGAGGAUUAGAUGUCGACCAACCAAACCACCUUUGGCUUCUCCACAAGCUCUUUCUCAAUGCCCUAAAUGCACACAUUGGACAGUUUGUCCAGUCAUGGAACCAUCAUAUCAUUUCUAUUCGUGGAGAGCGGGGUCGAAGUCCCAUUGAUAUGUUUGGGUUUGACAUGCUAGUGCAUGGUAUCCGAGGUAACAUGGUAUGGGAAGAGGAU